GGGGUCGUCACUGUGUGGGCCCAGUCUCUGGAGGAGGGGAAGUCCAUCCACAAAAUUAAGUGUCGGAUGUUGUGCAAGGAUGUGUCAGCUGAGACCAUGUAUGACGUUCUCCAUGACAUUGAAUACAGAAAGAAGUGGGACACAAAUGUCAUUGAGACCUUCGAUAUUGGGAAGCUUACGGUCAAUGCGGACGUUGGUUACUACUCAUGGAAGUGCCCAAAGCCACUUCGGAACCGUGACGUCAUCACGCUCCGCUCCUGGCUGCCGAUAGGAAAAGAUUACAUCAUCAUGAACUACUCUAUCAAACAUGCCAAAUACCCACCUAAAAAGGACAUGGUACGUGCAGUUUCCAUUCAGACUGGCUACAUGAUCCAGAGUCAGGGACCUAAUAACUGUACCCUCACUUACAUGGCCCAGGUGGAUCCACGAGGUUCGCUACCCAAGUGGGUUGUCAACAAGUCUUCCCACUUCCUUGCUCCAUGCGCCAUGAAGAAGAUCUGCAAAGCCUGUGUGAAGUAUCCAGAGUGGAAGCAGAGACACAACCCUGCCUUCAAGCCGUGGCUUUACCCAGAACAGACUACAUUGCCCAGCAUCCCGCUCUCUGAGCUCAGCAUCCAGCGGGCAGAGAGCCUGGAGAAUAUUGAUGAGAGCUCCCUGGCUGAGGCCCAUGAAAGAGAAGACAGCGACUGACACACACACAUUCACAAGCAGCACACACACUCAUACGUUCAAGCAGGGAUGGAGAAAUGCCUGUAACAUGCAUCAUGACAUGUAUGUGUACGUGGUUCUAUUUGUAAGUAUGUGUAAACAUACACACAUACAUACACGUACUUGUAUCAAUAUUGUACAUGCAUAGUGCAUAUGCAGGCAUAUCAGUAGGCACAUAUAGGUAAGCAUUCAUGGAGACGGACAGUCACACGUUAACAUGCGCAAUGUGAGAACACAAACUCACAACAUACAACAGCUUCACUCAAACUAAAUUUCAAGAACUUUUAGCCUAGUUGGUUUUCUAAUUGGGACCUAUGCAGGUCAUUGCAGCUGAAUAUGUUUUCAGCAAGAUUUUAUGUCAGAAUGUUUACAGACUAACCUGACAGUGCGCCUUCUGCUGUCAUUCAAAAUAUGACUGAAUUAUUAGAAUUAAACUGCCCUCUUUUAGCCACCAGUCACACACUUCAGCGCAAGAUUACAUAUUUAUGCUACACUAAUGCCUUCACAUGUGUACACCCUCUCCCCCCUAUCAUCGUCUUUCGGUCCAAUGCUAUGUGCCUCCAUCACAUUUUGUAGGCACGUGAUAAAUAUGCAGGUGUGCAGAAGGCAGCUGGAAAAACCCACCCCAACCUGCAUCCACGUCUAUCUUACGUACACGCACACACUCACGCGCAUUCAACACUCACACGUACUGUCUGAUCCUCUGUUCCAGAGAUGGAUGAAUGUAUGUAGAAAUUCAAGAUUAAAUACAGAUUCCUACAGAGGUUUUCAAAUUU